AUGACGAUGUUGCUAGGCAAACGCAGCGACAAACCAGUAACCUCUCGCGGUCCACGGUUGGUACCCGCCGACGACGACUUCAUUCGCACCUUGGACUACGAAGACUUGGAGCAACGUUUCCACAUCCGCAAGUACUACCCUCUGUUCAUCCACAACUACGACUACCUGACGCCGCAGAUCCGGGAGAUGAUUCGAGACAAGCCCAUCUACGCGAAGGCAAACGAACAUGUCAAAAAUGUCAAGGGUGCUACUUUACGCAAGACCUACGUCACUGAAAUAGACGUGGAGACUGGUCAGAUCCGAGUGCAAGAGAAGAAAACAGCUGAGCAAGCAAAGAGCGAGAAGAAAGAGGCAAAGAAGAAAAAAAAGGAGGAGCGAAAGGAACGGAAGGAGGAGCAUAAAGAGAGGAAGGAGGAAAGAAAGGAAGAGAAGAGAGAAGAGAGAAGAGAGAGGAAGGAGGAAAGAAAGGAGUUGAAAGAAGAGAGGAAGGAGGAAAGGAGAGAAAGGAGAGAUGAGAAAAAGGAGUUGAAGGAAGAGAGAAAGGAAGAGAAAAUGGAAGAGAAAAGAGAACGUCAGAAUGCUCGUAAGGAAGUUAUUGAAAAUCGUCGUGAAGAACAUCGUGACAAGCAGCGCAUUGACGAGUUAGACGAACUGAGAAAGCUUAUGCGCGAGCACCGGUCGCAGAGAAUGGCUGAGAAGACGCCGCAACCUUACUUUGCGCCUGCCAUCAAGCCUCCGCCCCAGACACAUUUAAGGCAGUCGCAAAUGGAGUUCAACAAUCCGUUUGAUUCGAAACAACCUACACUUGUUGCUUCUGCUCAUCAUGCAGAGGGUGUUCGUUCGCGUCAGAACAGUGUGCGGACGGUAGAGAGUAUGGACACGUUGAAGUCGUCUAUUGGAGGAAAGUUGAGAAGUAUCAUGAGACCCCGGAGGAGCAUUGAUAAGUCCGACAACAGGUUGGUACGGACAUCGUCAUAUGACCAAACGCAAUCGGUGAUGACAUCUACGAGAGGAGCUAAGAAUAAAUUGUUGAGACUCAAGGACGAUAAUGGAAGACGCAUGAGUGGACAAAUCGGUACGUAUUUUUGA